GUAACUUUCGCCAUGUAUAUUAUAGUCAUCAGUGCCGCCCUCCUGGCCUGUGUUGCCGCCGAGGGAAUUCCUAGUUUCCUCAAACCUGGCAAAUGUGCCUCAGUUGCUAAUCAGGAUAACUUCGACCUCAGAAAGUAUGCUGGGCGAUGGUACCAGACCCACGUCAUCGAGAACCCAUACCAGCCAGUAACUCGCUGCGUCCACUCAUACUUUGACUAUUCCGAGAGUGACUACGGCUUCAAGGUGACCACCGCCGGCUUCAACCCCAGCGACGAGUACCUUCAGAUGGACUUCAAGGUCUACCCAACUAAGGAGUUCCCAGCAGCUCACAUGCUCAUUGAUGCUCCCUCGGUGUUUGCUUCACCCUUCGAGGUCAUCGCUACUGACUACGAAACUUACUCCUGCGUCUACUCCUGCAUCAGCACCGAUAACUACAAAGCAGAGUUCGGCUUCGUGUUCUCUCGUACUCCCCAGACCUCAGGACCUGCUGCCGAGAAGUGUGCCGCUGUCUUCAACAAGAACGGUGUUGAGUUCUCCAAGUUUGUGCCUGUCUCCCAGACGGCUGAGUGUAUCUACAGAGCUUAAAUCUCUUGGAAACUUUAACAUGCUAUAAUGAAGAUCAAAUCAUUCUUUCAUUAUACCAUCAUGAUGCAACAAAAUAAUGAACACUUAU